GCAACAGAAAUUAAGAGGGAAACAUAGCGAAAAAUGUUGUGUGAUAUGAAGUGUUAGUUAACCCAAAAUACAGAGGAGAAGUGCAGAGUUAAAAAGCGGAGGCGAUUGGGUCAACGGCGUCGGAAGAUGGCGGAAGAGAGGGCGGAGGAACAGGCGUAUACGCCUGGACCUGGAUAUCGGCAAAUCAGUGGAAGAAAUGAAUUCCCGUCCAAUAUUUUGCACGGCGUAUUAGCUUGUUCGUUGUGGAUUGGAUCUUUGCAUUGCAACGUCUCCGUCCUCCUUUUCUCCCUUCUCUUCCUUCCUUUCUCCAAAUUCCUUUUGGUGGUUGGAAUCCUAGCGGGUUUCGCCGUUUUCCCGAUCGAUGAAAACAAUAGAUUUGGGCGGAGGCUGGCCAGGUAUAUAUGUAAGCAUAUGAGCAGUUAUUUUCCGGCCACUCUCCACGUUGAGGACAUAAACGAUUUCCAGCCCGAUCGUGCUUACGUUUUCGGUUACGAGCCUCAUUCGGUGUUGCCGAUCGGAGUUGUUACGCUGGCUUCACGUACGGGUUUCAUGCCUCUUCCCAAACUGAAAUGCCUUACUACUAGCCCCGUAUUCUACGUUCCAUUCUUGAGGCAUAUAUGGACAUGGUUGGGUGCUACACCAGCCACAAGGAAGAACUUUUGUUCUCUGUUGGGAGCUGGUUACAGUUGUAUUGUAGUGGUUGGUGGAGUCCAAGAGACAUUCCUCAUGCUGCAUGAUUCUGAGGUUGCAUUCCUCAAGGCACGAACAGGAUUUAUUCGGAUAGCUAUGGAAAUGGGGUGUCCACUGGUCCCUGUUUUCGCCUUCGGUCAGUCAUAUGCGUACAAGUGGUGGAAACCAGGUGGCAAGUUCAUCCUGCAGCUUUCAAGAGCUCUUAAAUUCAUCCCUAUGCUAUUCUGGGGAGCUUUCGGAACUCCAGUACCCUAUCAACAUCCGAUGCAUGUAGUGGUUGGGAAACCUAUUUACUUGACAAAAAACCCGCAACCUACUAACGAAGAGGUCCAUGAAGUACAUGCUCAGUUUGUAAAAGCUAUUCAAGAUCUGUUUGAGAGGCAUAAAGGUCGUGUGGGAUAUGGUGAUCUUCCAUUAAAGAUUCUUUGAUUUGAGGUUGGGUGGUUUAAGCGAUCACCAAUGUUUGUUUCAUUUGCCAGUCUCAUGUACCAUCUUAAUUCAACAUCAAAUAAGUACCCUAGCUAAUAACAGCUUUGGAGA